GAAAUCUGGAUGCUUUGACUAUUAAAAAGAGAGAGGGGAGAGAGGGAAACUCUGUCUCCAAUGUGGUUGGAGCCAGAGUAGCUAACAACAGUUUUUUUUUUUUACUGUUCAAUUUGCUCAGAACUGAACACUUGGUUUUGCUGAUGGACUACAAUGCAGACACAGCCAGACCUCUCUCUGAAAACAAGUUGGGAUUAUUACUAGCAAUACUUGGGAGACCUGAACUUUUUUAAACAGAUUUGGGUUUUUUUGUUUUGUCUAUCCUAGUCAUCAUAUUUACAAGCGUAAAUAAGAAGUAAAUGUGAUUUUCUGGAAGACGUUUAUUUUGUUUUCUUUCUACUUUUUCCUCUCUUUCUUUUGGUAGAUUUUAAACAUUUUUGAACUCUGGAAACAAGGAUUGCUCAAAGAAAAAAAGCUUAAUUACAAUAAUACAAAAAAGCUAGAACAACCUCAAUAAACAGACCUUUAAGGUGGCUUGAAGAUUCCAUAUGCUUUAUUUCAAGUAACAGAUUCUGGCAAAACCCAAUGGGACUGGAUCCAAGCUCUUUUGGCCAAUACAAGAAUGCACACAGAAUCAUGCUACUUGCUACCUAAGAGUCAUAUGAUUAGAUUGGAUGGUCCUGUAGCAGGCAUGUACAGACUUGCAAUAGUGAUCACACCUAGCAGAUACUGAGACAACCACAAGGGUGACAGUGACUCCCUCCAAUCAGCCGACUUUGCAUGUACUCAGUGCUGGAAAGUUACUAUGCAGUUUGGACUGUUUGCUGUGCUUGUUUUGAUGUUGAUGGAUAUUGCAGACAGCAACAAGGUUGUGAAGGGGAGGAGACACAAGAGAAGAAGUACAGAAGUGAGCUUGAUCUGCGCAAAGGGAUGUGAAGUGUGUUCCGAGUUUAACGGAUGCCUUAAGUGCUUACCGAAGCUUUUCAUCCACCUGGAGAGAAAUGACAUUCGACAGACUGGGGUCUGCUUGCAGUCCUGUCCUGAUGGUUACUAUGGUAACCGGAGUCGCGAGAUUAAUAAGUGCUUUAAAUGCAAAAUGAAUAACUGUGAGACUUGCUUCAGCAAAAAUUUUUGCACCAAGUGUAACGAAGGUUUUUACUUACACAAAGGAAGCUGUUACUCAACGUGUCCGGAGGGCUUUGUUGCAGCCAAUGGAAUAAUGGAGUGCAUCUCUGCACAAUGUGAAAUGAGUGAAUGGGGACCUUGGGGUCCAUGCUCCAGGGCAACAAAGCAGUGUGGAAAAAAGAAAGGCACGGAAGAGAGGAGUCGAACAGUUCACAAGGCAUUGCUUGGGGGCGUAUCGUUAUGUCCGCCCACCGUAGAAAGGAGGAAAUGUAGACUGCCCAAAAUUCCAUGCCCAAAAGGAGCAAAAGGAAAGAAAAAAGACAACAAAGAUGAGCAAGGGAAGGAAAAGAAGAACAGAACUCGGAAUAAGAACAACGAUGAUGGAGGAAACAGGAAGCGUAAAAACCAGCAGCGAGUGACUUCAGUGCCCUUUACUUCUUCUAUCCCGGCACAGUAAUUGCCAUCAUAUGGUUUGACCACGGCAACAGAGAAAUGCUGCUAUGUAUCUAAUGGCUUUUUUGAACUGGAGCACUGCUACAACUUAAGCACCUACACAUCUGGCGAAACAACAAGACUCUUACAGUUAAGGAGUGUUGACUGCAAUUGAUGGAUUGGGUCAUUUUUGCCCAAGAACUUCUAUAAGUAUAAGUCACAGGAAAGAUGAACUUUAUGAAUGAUACAGAGAAUUAAUAUUUCACUUGGAAAAGGACACCUUCUUGCGAUGCAGAGUAAACUACGACUUUUGUAGAAGUUGACUGGAGCCAGUUUUGCCUGAAAUUAUUCCCAUUGUCCCCUCUACCAUUAAGUCCAUGUUUUUAAAAUGUAUGAGUUAAUCUUUGGAGGGUAUAUGUUACAUUUUUGUGAAACUGUGUUGGCGGUUACCAUAAAUAUGCUUCAGAUAAUGUUAUUUUCAAAUUAAAAGAAGGCAAGAAUUGAAAUGAUUCUGGGGCAGUAUAAAGUUAACUAAAAAUGUUUUAUUUUCAAACAGUUUUGUAAGUGUUUUAUUGUUUAUAAAAAGAAAUUAAUUAAAGAUAACAUAAGGAAA